AUGACUACCAAUAGUAAGAACAUUUUGACGCCAUAUAUCAAGUCGUUAUUUUUAGAACCGCCAAAUCUAACUGCAAAUGAUUUGGCCAUGGUGCUAAAAUGUAUAUUUAAAGGUAUACCUUCAGAUAUUCAGACUGCAUCAUUUUUGACGGCAUUAAGAAUGAGAGGAUUGGACCAUGAACCCGAUUUUAUUGCAGCAGCCGUUAGAACUAUACUAGAGUUUUCGAACAUCAUACCAUCCGAUUUAGUGGAUUCGAGAGGAUACAUAGAUAUAGUGGGUACCGGAGGUGACGGUCAGAAUACGUUCAAUGUGUCCACAUCAUCGGCCAUCGUGGCUGCGGGUAUGGGGUUGCCUGUGUGUAAGCACGGGGGUAAGGCAUCGACUUCUACAUCGGGUUCUGGUGACUUGUUGAAUUGCUUGGGUGUUGAAUUGAUGAAGGUUACCAGCCAAACGGUUCCUGCCAUCGUGAAGAAAACGAACUUCUGCUUUUUGUUUGCCCCAGCAUUCCACCCUGGGAUGCAACAAGUAGCAGCAAUAAGAGGCCAAUUGGGUGUUCCAACCAUUUUUAAUAUUUUAGGUCCAUUGAUUAACCCAAUUCCGAUCAGAGCAAGAAUAUUAGGUGUUUACAGUGAAAAACUAGGUGAGUCAUAUGCACAAGCGGCAGCCAAAUUGGCAUCAGAAAGCGAUGUUCACAACAAAACUAUGGUUGUAUUUGGUGACAUUGGUCUUGAUGAAAUCUCGCCUAUUGGUAUAACAAAGUGUUGGUUGAUCGACGAACAUGGCAAGAUCACCAGGAAGACCAUUUCUCCAAAGGAUUUCAACUUACCAGAAAACGAAAUCAGCAAGGUUAAAUCUGGAACCUCCAAAGAAAAUGCUGAGAUAUUGUUGCAUAUUUUACGUCAAGACCACCCUGACUUCAAAAUCAAUUCGAAUGACAUACCAAACCACCCGAUUGUUGACUACAUCUUAUUAAACAGUGCAGCAUUAGCAGUAGUAGCUGGUCUUACUGAAUCGUGGGUUGAAGGUGUUGAGAUUGCAAAGAAAUCCAUUCUCAGUGGUGCUGCCAUGAGUUGUUUAGACAACUUCAAAGAAGCUAUAAAGGAUAUGUAA